UCUAAAAUUGGAUGGCCGUAUACCUGCCUCCUUAUGGGGGUUUAAUCUUAAUGAGUUUGUAUACAUCGGGUCUGGAGAAUGGUCUGGGGCAGAAAGUAGGCACUUGGUAAGCACUGGGCUUCUGUCAGGCUGCUUUCUCUCUUGUUCUCAGGCUCCUCAUCUCAGUUUUAUUCUCUUUAUCGUCCCUCAUUCCUUGCCCCUUGUAUAGUUGCUGCCUCUGCUUUCUGUCCUUAGCUGUCUCCAGGCCUCUCAUCCUCUUCCUUUCUAUUCUCUCUUACUUUGUCCUCUGUGUUUCUACUACUUGCCUCUUGCCUAUUAGAGCAGCCUCCUGUCUCACCUGGCUGCAGUUAGUCAUUUAUAUACCAGAAUAAACAUAGAGCAUGGUUCUUCUCAUACCAUAGCCCAGUGUUUAAAAACAGCUAAGUAAACUUUAAACCUUUCUUUGAUUCCAUUAGGUUCAAGAUUGUAUGACUUUGACCCCACCUUGCCCUUGGAGCCUGUUUAUCUCACUUCCUCAGCACCUCAAUUGACACUUUCUCCACUUCUCUACCCCUUUCCAUCCUGAAAUUGCUAUCUUCAAGUUCCAGGCUAAAAUACGACUUCCUUUUUUCCCCCUUGCUCGCCACUGGUUAGAAUUUUUCUUUACAUCUUUUGUAGAAGUUAACACAAUUUUUAGCCCGUUUCUGAUCUGCGGGUUUGACUAACCACCUCAGCAGAUGCUGGGUUUAAUUUAUCAUUGGGUACGCCUAUCGGUGUCUUACAGCAGUGUUUUGCCAACGUGCUGGAUGGAUGCAUGUGAUUCCUUUUCACUACCUGAGGGUUUCCCCCGCGUUCUUGUGAAGGUUGCUGCCUCUGGGUGGAAACACUGAGGUUUUUGUCUUUUAAAGAGUCAGACAUAUUUUCGGCCUUCUCGAGGGGGCAGAGUUAAGGCUCAUCCGCUGGGCCCCAGUGCCAGAGUCUGCCGCUCGCAGUCCCGCGCCUUGGCCCCUCGGCCCCUCCCCACCAGCGCUCAGCGGAACAGGGGAUUAGGGUCUGGCUGCACAGCUGGGAUUUUGGCGGCCAUUCCACAGUCGACAAUAGCGCAGCCACCCGGUCAGGCCAGCACAGGCUGCGCUCCAGGCCCCGGAUCGGCCAGGCUUCUUGUUUGGGUGGCCGAGGGGGAGGAGCGGGCACGGUGCGGCAUCCUGGCCUUGCCCAGCGAAGGUACGUGGGGGUGACUGACGGAUCACCAAGAUGACACUCCACGCCACCCGGGCGGCUGCACUCCUGUCUUGGGUGAACAGCCUGCGCGUGGCUGACCCUGUGGAGGCCUUGCCGCAGCUCCAGGACUGCAGCAUCUUCAUCAAGAUUAUUAACAGCAUCCAUGGCACUGAAGAGGGCCAGCAAAUCCUGCAACAGCCAGUGCCAGAGAGACUGGACUUCGUGUGCAGUUUUCUGCAGAGAAAUCGAAAACCUUCUUCUUCUCCGGAAUGUGUCGUUUCUGUACAGAAGGCGUUGGAGGGGUCAGAGCUGGAACUGGCCAAGAUAACCAUGCUGCUCUUGUACCACGCGACCAUGAGCUCCCGGAGCUCCCGGGACUGGGAGCAGUUUGAAUACAGGAUUCAGGCUGAGUUAGCUGUCAUCCUGAAGUUCAUGCUAGACCAUGAAGAUGGACUGAAUCUUAAUGAGGAUCUACAGAACUUUCUGGCAAAAGCGUCCGUCCCUUCCACCUGCUCUGGCACAUUGUCUGAAGGGCUCUCCCCACCCAGCCACCAGGGCAAGAGGGAUGUUCGCUUUCUAGAGCUCCAGAGAGUUGCCUCCUCUUCGAGUGGGAACAGCUUCCCCUCAGGUUCUCCAGCCUCCCCCAUGGGUGACAUCCUGCAGACCCCACAGUUCCAGGUGAGGCGGCUGAAGAAACAGCUGGCAGAUGAAAGGAACAACCGAGACGAGCUGGAACUGGAGCUGGCCGAGAACCGCAAGCUCCUCACCGAGAAAGACACACAGAUGGCCCUGAUGCAGCAGCGCAUCGACCGCCUGGCCCUGCUGAGCGAGAAGCAGGCGGCCAGCCCGCCGGAGCCGCGGGAGCUGGAGGAGCUGCACAGCAAGAACGAGAGCCUCACCGUGCGGCUCCAUGAGACUCUGAAACAGUGCCAGGACCUGAAGACUGAGAAGAGCCAGAUGGAUCGCAAAAUUAGCCAGCUUUCUGAGGAGAACGGCGACCUUUCCUUCAAGCUGCGGGAAUUUGCCAGUCACUUGCAGCAACUGCAGGGGGCACUCAACGAGCUGACCGAGGAGCACAACAAGGCCACUCAGGAGUGGGUGGAGAAGCAGGCCCGUUUCGAGAAGGAGCUGGGCACGGCCCUGCAGGACAAGAAAUGCCUUGAAGAAAAGAAUGAAAUCCUCCAGGGAAAAGUUUCACAGCUGGAAGAGCAUUUGUCCCAGCUGCAGGAGAACGCUCCGCAGGAGAAGGGCGAGGUGCUGGGCGACGCGCUGCAGCUGGAGGCCCUGAAGCAAGAGGCAGCCACUCUUGCUGCGAACAACACCCAGCUCCAGGCCAGGGUGGAGACGCUGGAGCAGGAGCGCGGCCAGCAGGAGGCCCAGCUGCUUGCCGAGAGAGGCCGCUUCGAAGAAGAAAAGCAGCAGCUGGCCAGCCUGAUUGCCGACCUGCAGAGCUCCGUGUCCAGCCUGGGUCAGGCCAAGGAGGAGCUGGAGCAGGCCUCCCAGGCCCAGGGGGCGCAGCUGGCUGCCCAGGUGGCCUCCCUGACCGCAGAGCUCGCCACACUCAACGCCACGCUCCGGCAGCAGGACCAGGAGCUGAGCGGCCUGAAGCAGCAGGCCCAGAAGGAGCAGGCCCAGCUCGCGCAGAGCCUGCAGCAGCAGGAGCACACGGCGCAGGGCCUCCGCCGCCAGCUGGAGGAGCUGGGCAGCCGUCUGAAGGAGAAGGAGCAGCAGCUGGAGGAGGCGGCCCAGGAGCAGGCGGCCGCCAAGCGGGACCAUGCCCAGCAGCUGGCGGCCGCGGCCGACGCCCGCGAGGCCGCCUUACGGGAGCGGGAUGCCGCUCGCCAGCAGCUCGAGGCGCUGGAGAAGGAGAAGGCUGCGAAACUGGACAUGCUGCAGCAGCAACUUCGGGCUGCCAAGGAGGCCCAGGACGGCGCCCGGACCUCGGUGACGCAGGCCCAGCGGGAGAAGGCGGAGUUGAGCCAAAAGGUGGAGGAGCUCCAGACCCAGGUUGAAGCAGGCCACAAGAAGUGGCGCGAGGCCCAGGGCCAGGUGACAGAGCUGGAGGCCCAGCUGAAGGCUGAGCAGCAAAAAGCAACUGAGCGAGAAAGGAUGGCCCAGGAGAAAGGCCAGCUCCAGGAGCAGCUGCAGGCCCUGGAGGAGUCCUUGAAGAUCACCAAGGGCAGCCUGGAGGAGGAGAAGCUCCGGGCCGCAGAGGCGCUGGAGGAGAAGCGGCGCCGCGUCUCCGAGCUGGAGGCAGAGUCGCGAAGCCUGGCAGAGCGGCAGAAGCAGGAACGGAAGGAGCUAGAAGAGGAGAAGGCUGGGCGCAAGGGGCUAGAGGCCCGGCUACAGCAGCUUGGGGAGGCCCAUCGGGCUGAGACGGAGGCCCUGCGGCGGGAGCUGGCCGAGGCCGCGGCCUCCCAGCGCAGGGCCGAGAGCGAGCGGGAGCGGCUGGCCAAGGAGGCGGCGGCCUGGCGGGAGCGGUGUGAGGAGCGGCAGCGGGAGGAGGCCCAGCUGGCCACGCUGAGGGAGGAGCGCGACAGGGCCCGCCACGAGCUGCAGGAGGCCAAGAAGAUGGCACAGGCAGAGUCCCACAACGAGCGCCAGAUCAGCCGGCAGCAGAGUGAGCUAGCUCAGCUCCACGCCAGCCUGGCCAGAGCCCUCCAACAGGUCCAAGAGAAGGAGGUCAGGGCCCAGAAGCUGGCGAGCGACCUGUCCACUCUGCAGGAGAAGAUGGCGGCCACCAGCAAGGAGGUGGUCCGCCUGGAGGCCUUGGUGCGCAAGGCAGGCGAGCAGCAGGAAACCACCUCCCAGGACGUGAUGAAGGAGCCCCCGAGGGCCAGAGACAGGGAGGCCGAGUGGCUGGAAGAGCAUCCGGGACGGCCGUUCUGCAGCACGCAGGCCGCACUGCAAGCCAUGGAGCGCGAGGCCGAGCAGAUGGGCAGCGAGCUGGAGAGGCUGCGGGCGGCGCUCAUGGAGAGUCAGGGGCAGCAGCAGGAGGAGCGCGGGCAGCAGCAAAGGGAGCUGGCAAGGCUGACCCAGGAGCAUGGCCAGGCCCAGGCUGACCUCGCCCUGGAGAAGGCGGCCAAGGCAGAGCUGGAGAUGCGGCUGCAGAAUGUGCUCAACGAACAGCGGGUGGAGUUUGCCAGCCUGCAAGAGGCGCUGGCCCAAGCGCUGGCCGAGAAGGAGAGCAAGGACCAGGAGCUGGCCGCGCUUCGUGGGCAGGAGGCAGCCCAAAGCGCAGAGCUGAGGGAGCUUCAGCAAGCCCUGGAGCGGCUCAGGGCACAGCUGGACCAGAAGGCACGGGAGCAGCAGCCCUCGGCGGGGGCCGGCGAUGGGGCCGGCGCUUCUGCAGGAGGCCGCGCGGAGGCGGCCGGCGGGGAGGCUGCGGUGCCCGAGCUGGAGGCGCUGCGGGCGGAAGUGAGCCAGCUGGAGCAGCGGGGUCGCCAGCAGCAGGAGCAGGCCGACGGCCUGGCGCGCAGCCUGGAGGGCGAGCGCGCCGCCCGGGCCGAGCAGGACAGGACCCUGGAGGCCCUGCGGGCCCAGUUAGGGGAGAAGGCCCGGGAGCUGGAGCACAGCCAGGCCGCCUCGGCGUCCGCCCAGAGGGAGCUGAGCGCCCUGCGCGCCAAGGCUCAGGAGCACAGCAAGGCUGAGGAGGAGUGGAAGGCCCAGGUGGCCCGGGGCCAGCAGGAGGUGGAGAGGAAGGGCAGCCUCAUCAGCAGCUUGGAGGAGGAGGUGUCCAUCCUGAACCGGCAGGUCCUGGAGAAGGAGGGCGAGAGCAAGGAGCUCAAGUGCCUGGUGGCUGCCGAGUCGGAGAAGAGCCAGAAGCUGGAGGAGAGGCUGCGCCUGCUCCAGGCCGAGACGGCCAGCAGCAGUGCGCGGGCGGCCGAGCGCAGCUCCGCCCUGCGGGAGGAGGUGCAGAGCCUGCGGGAGGAGGUGGAGAAGCAGCGCGGGGCCGCCGAGAGCCUGCGGCAGGAGCUGGCCUCGCAGGCCGAGCGAGCCGAGGAGCUGGGCCAGGAGCUGAAGGCGUGGCAGGAGAAGUUCUUCCAGAAGGAGCAGGCCCUGUCGGCCCUGCAGCUGGAGCACACCAGCACGCAGGCGCUGGCGAGCGAGCUGCUGCCGGCCAAGCACCUGUGCCAGCAGCUGCAGGCCGAGCAGGCGGCGGCCGAGAAGCGCCACCGGGAGGAGCUGGAGCAGAGCAAGCAGGCGGCCGGCGGGCUGCGGGCCGAGCUGCUGCGGGCGCAGCGCGAGCUGGCGGAGCUGGCGCCCCUGCGGCAGAAGGUGGCGGAGCAGGAGCGGGCGGCCCAGCAGCUGCGGGCCGAGAAGGCCAGCUACGCCGAGCAGCUGAGCGUGCUCAAGAAGGCGCACGGCCUGCUGGCCGAGGAGAACCGGGGGCUGGGCGAGCGGGCCAGCCUGGGCCGGCAGUUCCUGGAGGUGGAGCUGGACCAGGCCCGGGAGAAGUACGUGCAGGAGCUGGCCGCGGUGCGGGCGGACGCCGAGGCCCGCCUGGCCGACAUGCAGCGCGAGGCGCAGAGCGCCGCCCGCGAGCUGGAGGUGAUGACGGCCAAGUACGAGGGGGCCAAGGUGAAGGUCCUGGAGGAGAGGCAGCGCUUCCAGGAGGAGCGGCAGAAGCUCACUGCCCAGGUGGAGCAGCUAGAGGUAUUUCAGAGAGAGCAGUCUAAGCAGAUGGAAGAGCUGAGUAAGAAGCUGGCUGAGUACGACCAGGCCAGCAAGGUGCAGCAGCAGAAGCUGAAGGCUUUCCAGGCCCAGGGAGGCGAGAGCCAGCAGGAGGCCCAGCGCCUCCAGGCCCAGCUGAAUGAGCUGCAGGCCCAGCUGAGCCAGAAGGAGCAGGCGGCUGAGCACUACAAGCUGCAGAUGGAGAAAGCCAAGACCCAUUAUGAUGCCAAAAAGCAGCAGAACCAAGAGCUGCAGGAGCAGCUGCGGGACCUGGAGCAGCUGCAGAAGGAGAACAGGGAGCUCCGAGCGGAUGCUGACCGCCUGGGCCGGGAGCUGCAGCAGGCAGGGCUCAAGACCAAGGAGGCCGAACAGGCCUGCCGACACCUCACGGCCCAGGUGCGCAGCCUGGAGGCCCAGGUGGCUCAUGCAGACCAGCAGCUUCGAGACCUGGGGAAGUUUCAGGUGGCAACUGAUGCCUUAAAGAGCAGAGAGCCGCAGGCAAAGUCCCAGCUGGACUUGAGUAUCGACAGCCUGGAUCUGAGCUAUGAGGAGGGGACCCCACGCACGAUGACCAGCAAGCUGCCACAUACCCAGCCGGAUGGCACCAACGUCCCCGGAGAGCCAGCCUCACCCAUCUCCCAGCGCCUACCCCCCAAGGUAGAAUCCCUGGAGAGUCUCUACUUCACCCCCAUCCCUGCUCGGGGUCAGCCCCCCUUGGAGAGCAGCCUGGACUCCCUGGGGGACGUCUUCCCGGAUUCGGGCCGUAAGACCCGCUCUGCUCGUCGGCGCACCACGCAAAUCAUCAACAUCACCAUGACCAAGAAGUUAGAUUUGGAGGAGCCAGACAGUGCCAACUCGUCCUUCUACAGCACGCAGUCGGCGCCCGCCCAGGCCGGCCUCCGAGCCGCCGCCUCCACGCAGUCGCUAGCUCGCCUCGGCUCCCCCGACGAUGGCAACUCGGCCCUGCUCAGCCUGCCCGGCUACCGGCCCACGACUCGCAGCUCUGCCCGCCGCUCCCAGGCUGGGGUGUCCAGUGGGGCCCCACCAGGAAGGAACAGCUUCUACAUGGGCACGUGCCAGGAUGAGCCCGAACAGCUGGACGACUGGAACCGCAUCGCAGAGCUCCAGCAGCGCAACCGCGUGUGUCCCCCCCACCUGAAGACCUGCUACCCUCUGGAGUCCAGGCCUUCCCUGAGCUUGGCCACCAUCACCGAUGAGGAGAUGAAAACCGGAGACCCCCAGGAGACCCUGCGCCGAGCCAGCAUGCAGCCCGCCCAGAUCGCCGAGGGCGCGGGCAUCACCACCCGGCAGCAGCGCAAACGAGUCUCCUCGGAGACCCACCAGGGCCCCGGCACCCCGGAGUCUAAGAAGGCCACCAGCUGUUUCCCACGCCCCAUGACGCCCCGGGAGCGGCACGACGGUCGCAGACAGAGCACUGCCGAGGCCCAGAAGAAAGCGGCUCCGGCCGUGAAGCAGGCUGACCGGCGCCAGUCCAUGGCCUUCAGCAUCCUCAACACACCCAAGAAGCUGGGGAGCAGCCUUCUGCGGCGAGGAGCCUCCAAGAAGGCCCCCGCCAAAGCCUCCCCCAACACCCGCAGCGGGACUCGCCGCUCGCCACGCAUCGCCACCACCGCAGCCAGCGCCGCCACCCCGAGGGCCAAGGGCAAGGCAAAGCACUAAGGAGCCAGAAGCAGCGCGUGCCGGCCUCACUGGUCCACUCCCUCCUCCUGUCCCUCUCAGUGCCUUCUCCCAGCUCCCAGGCCGGUGAGGCCUGCCUCCGCCCUGGCCUGCUAACCCGGACGGUUCCCGGUGCCUUCUCCAGGCACCUUCCGGCCGGCCCGGGGCGCGGCAUGGGACAGUGUGGGGCCUUCUCUCCACCUUCGCCUCCUGAUGCUUUUCUUGGAGCAAAGUCACUUCUCCACCAUAACCUGAUUUGCAAUCCGUGAAACUAGUCAGUCCUUCUCAGCCUCUGCAUCUCGACGGGACCACGGGGGAAGCUGCUCCGGGUGGCUGGGCCUACAGGAGGCCCUUGCUCUCGAGGCCCGGGACUGGCACUCCUGCCCAUCCACCUGAAGGCACAGCCGUCUGGAGGAUGCUUUCCGCCCCCAGGACAGAUGGGCCCUGGGGUCUUAGGGCUGGGGUAGGAGCAGCCCUUUGACAGUAGCAUACAACCCCAUCUAACCCAGACUUGCACUGGGGUGGGAUUUUGAAUGAGGGGAAGGUUUUUAAGAGUUGGGGUGGAUCUUUUCUAAAUGUUAUUACUUGUAAAUAAAGUCUAUUUUUCUCCCUUGA